GCCUGAUCGCAGGUUACUUGUGUGAGUUGUGUCUCAAUUUAUAAAUUAUACUGCUGUUUCCGGUAUGAAUUUUAUAAUGUCGAUAUUUUUUCUGUUUUCAUUUGUAUGGCAAAGAUAGAAGAAUUACCAGUGGAAACCAAGACAAAUCAUGGUGGACAGUGACAUUAAAACAGAUGGAAUAUUGUACUCUGUCUUGAUUAUAGGUUGUAAUCGAGGGCUUGGUCUUGAAUUAGUUCGAUUUUUAUUAAUUGGUUUAAAGAAACCACCACAAUAUUUAUUUGCUACAUGUCGUGAUCUGGACACAUGUUCAGCAUUAAAAGCCUACAAUGUAUUUUGGAACUCAAGAAAAACUAAAGUAAAAAUUUUACAACUUGAAGUGAAUAAUGAUGAUGACAUUGCAAAUGUUGUUAGUGCUGUUGAACAAGAUUUGGAUGGUGUUGGUUUGAGCGUUUUAAUAAACAAUGCAGAAACUCACACAAGGAAAGAUUUGGACACAGUGUCUUGGGUUGAUAUGAAGAAAACAUUUGAAACUAAUACAAUAUCACCAAUAAUGAUUGCCAGAGCAUUUCGGUCAAUUCUCAGUUCGUUUGUAUUACUUGAUUCAAACAAAGUGGUGUCUAAAAGUUAUGCAGCUAUUGUUAAUAUAAGUUCUGUAUUAGGUAGGUCAUUAAUAUGAAUGAUUGUUUAACACAGUAAUAGCCAAUAGGUGCAAUGGGCCCUGGUACCCUAUUAUGUUGCAUGCUUUACUUUGUCUAAUGUCUAGUUUUACUUUUAAAGACAAAAGUAUUUCCAUGGGGACAAUGAGUAUAGCAGAUAUACCAUACUUAUAUAUACCAAUCAUUGUGCUAACCAAGGCCCGUUUCAUAUGCCGUACUUCACAUGUGCCGAAUGCAUUAAAGACAAUAGAUAAUGAGCUGAAAUGCCUCAUUACCUAUUGUUUUUAAUGUAUUAGGCGCAUGUGAAAUACGGCGUAUGAAACGGGCCCAAGUAACCCAUCAACUGAAUAAAUUAAAAGGCAUGGCUUCCAGUGCACCUAAUUUGGAUACUCUCUGGUUAUUUAACCCAUUGAGCACCAGCACUCACCUCUUGAUGAGUAAAAUUGUCUAAUGUUAGACAGAGUAAAAUAAUAAAGUAGGGUGCAAUGCAACUUAUUGGGUUAAAUUAAACAAACAACUUACAAAAUUUUAAAAAAAAUAUAUAUAUUUCACUGCUCUCAUCUCAAAGUUGUUAUAGUACUCAUUAUUGUCUCAAAUCAAAUGUCAAUCAUGCAAUUCUUAAAUUGUGAAAUAUAAAUUCCCCCCCCCCCCCCUUCCCAUCUACUUCUAGGGCAUUAUUGAACCUCUGCCAACUUGCAGUGUUGCCCCGGUCAGGCUUAAUUCGCCAUUUUGGUUUAUAUAGUUUUACUUGUCAAGAGAAGAGUGUUGUCUAUUUCAAGGAGGGUUAUAUGCCUGCAUGCAUGGUUCAGGAAAAAGACUGGAUUCAGACUACAAUCAGAGCCUGUGCUUUGUGUGGUUUAACCACACUAUCUGUCUUUGUCUCUUGAGCAUUAAUCUCUCUAUUCAUGUUGUUGUUUUCAUUUGAUUCAGGAUCCAUUUCAAACAAUAAAGAAGGUGGAAUGUAUCCAUACCGAACAAGUAAGACAGCUCUGAACAUGGCAACAAAGUGUCUUAGUGCGGACUUGAAAGAUAAUGGGAUUAUUGUUAUCAGUUUGCAUCCAAGAAAUAUUCCAAACAAGUUGGAAGGACCAUUGCCAUACUCAUUUACAGCUUCACAUAUAAUAAAAUUUAUAUCAACAUUAGAUAUGACUCACACUGGAGGCUUCUAUACUUAUAAUGGGACAUUGAUUCAAUUUUGAAUUAAUUUAAUGCAAAUUUUGUGAAUUAUAUAAAUUAUAACUAAUUUAAAUGGUUUAAUUUGAUAACUAAGAUUGACCCACUAGAGAAUUUUAGGUAAUGGAUCAAUUAAUAAAGGUUAAAAUUAUUGAAAAUGCAACGACCAAUAACGAAUUUUAAUAUGGCGUACUAAGACUCAUUGUAGAAUUCAUUGUAGGGCCACUGAGCUGUAUAAGUACCCUAGGGGUCGGUUAUACGAAAGGUGUUUAACUUUAGGCGGACCAAAUUGUAAUAGAGUGUCUUAGUGUCUAAUAGUAUAUAUCUCUGUAUCUCACCUUUGAAUACAAC